GACAGGUUAUAUGAUGUUUCAAAGAGUUUUUUGGGCAUUCAAGGCAUCAAUAUCUGGUUUUAAGCAUUGUCGACCCGUACUUACUAUUGAUGGCACACACAUGUAUGGAAAGUACAAGGGCACAUUGCUCGUGGCCAUGAGUUGUGAUGCGAACAACCAAAUUUUCCCAGUCGCCUUUGCAGUUGUUGAAUCCGAGAAUGGAGACAGUUGGCCAUGGUUUAUGGCAUGUAUUAGGCAUUUUGUGACUAACAGGGAGUUGUGUGUCAUUUCAGAUAGACAUGGAGGUAUUGUUAGGGCAAUGAAUGAGGUUGGAAGUAAUUGGGAGGAGCCUUAUGCGCAUCAUAGGCUAUGCAUCCGUCAUCUUGCUUCAAAUGUGCACACUCAUUUCAAAGACAUUCAUUUAAAAAAUCUAUUUGUGUGGACCGCACGGCAACAUCAGAAAAAAAAAUUUGAUGGUGGGUUCAAGAAGAUAGGUGAAAUGAGUAGGGAUGCACGACAAUUUUUGGCCAACAUUCCUCCAGAAAUGUGGUCGCUGCACCAUGAUGGCGGGUACAGAUACGGUACCAUCACUUCAAAUCUGGCUGAGGUUUUCAAUAGCGUCAUGAAAAAUGCUAGAUAUUUGCCCAUUACCGCCUUGGUCCAGGUGUCUUUUUACCGGGUUAAUGCGUACUUUGUGAAUAGGCGUGAAACUAGUAAGUUGAGGCUCACACAAGGCCACGAGUACUCCCCAUACAUCACAGAUUUAAUUGAAAAAAAUAGAGAGAAGGCAAAGCAUCACAUUGUCACUCCUUUUGAUUUAGGGCGAGGUAUAUUUCAGGUGGAGACCGGUUGUGGUGGCAGCCCGGUUGUAUGUUUACGAAACAAAUCACAUGGAUGCCGUAUAGACCUGAUAUGUUAGCAGAGUUGCCCCCAGCUGGACGAGAGCAGACUCACAUAUGGCGAGCACGUGUGCCGCUGAUAUGUUUUGACAUUGUUGAGCUUCAUUUGCCUGAUAGAGUCAUGCGACAGUUUGGGUUUGAGCAGGUCAUUCCACGUCCUAUCGACACUUAUGUAGAGCUGCAUAAGCUGGAUAGGCGUGGGAAACAUACAGAGGAUUGGGCACUCAGACAUGUCCGAUACGUGACUAUGUGGGAUAGGAGAGCUGAGCUAGCCGUGGCUGGGACACCCACAUAUGUGCCAUCAGUUUCAGGAGAUUACAUGGGAUGGUACUACAGCAUCACUCGGUUGUUUGUGUCUCCUUCGUUCAGACUCCCUACUCAUCAUUAUCAGCCUAGCUCAUUGGCAUUGCAUCUUACGACCCGAGCUUUGCAGCGCAUACAUCAGCGGGCUACUGCCACUGUGACUGAUAUUCCUGAUGUGGACAUGUAUGGACAGACUCUGACAGGCAUUGCCUCGUUAUGCUCAGAUGUCUUGGGUCGAGUAGACUACGGACAUCUUAUACACAUGCCCGCAUCUCAGGAGAUGGCAUCCACGUCUAGUGCAGCCGCGGGUUCAUCAUCCCAGACGCAACAUGAGAGAGUGGUUCUUCAACCACGACAACGCCGUAGGCGUAGACAUGAGCAGCAACAUCUCCAUGACGAAGCUGAUGAUGGGAACUUGUAGUUUGUCUUUUGUAUUAUAGUUUUUCUUAUGCAAUAGAUGUUGUAGGAACAAUUUACAAGUUUUGAUGUAUUUUCUCUUGUUAAGUAUUCUAUGUUGUAUUGAUGUGUUCGAGUAUGAAUAUUACAUGAUUAUUUGUUAUGGCAUAUAUGAUGAUUGAACUGUGUUAUACCGGUUAUGAUUUGAAAGUUUUUUAGCG